GAGGACGGGCGGACAUCGCAGUGCGUUCCGUGGUGAGCGAGACAGGACACGCGCAGUCGGGGUUCCCGUGAAAAACAAGGAUCGCCGGACUCGUUGCUCUCUGAGCGGGGAACAGUUCCUUAGCCUUAGCUGUUUUAUUACGCUAUCGUAGUUUUAUUGUAGUGAAACACAGUCAAGAAUAAUUUCCACCAAGUAGAAGCGGAUAUCUCCUCGGAAGAUGGGUUCAGUCCCGGCCGUGUCUGUCCUGAUUUUGGGCAUCGUUGUCCCUAGUCUGGCCGGAUAUAUCGAGGCGCUAGCUGCCAACGCAGGCACGGGCUUCGCCGUGGCAGAACCACAGGUGGCCAUGUUCUGCGGGAAACUCAACAUGCAUGUCAACAUUCAGACGGGCCGCUGGGAGCCGGACCCCUCUGGAACCAAGACCUGCGUAGGAACCAAGGAAGGUGUGCUGCAGUACUGUCAGGAGAUGUACCCUGAGCUGCAAAUUACAAAUGUGGUGGAGGCCAACCAACCAAUCAAGAUUGAGAACUGGUGCAAAAAAGACAAAAAGCAGUGCAAGGGCCACGCCCACACCGUUGUCCCUUACAAGUGCUUGGUCGGGGAGUUUGUGAGUGAUGUCCUCCUGGUUCCAGAGAAGUGCAAAUUCUUCCACAAAGAACGCAUGGACCUUUGUGUCAGCCAUCAACAGUGGCACGGAGUAGCCAAGGAGGCCUGCUCUAAGAGCAACAUGGAGGUGCAUAGCUAUGGCAUGCUUUUGCCAUGCGGUAUCGACAAGUUCCACGGCACAGAGUACGUGUGCUGUCCUUCCACCCGGCCUGAGGAGCCCGUCCCAGGUGCCACACACUCCACUGAGGAAGACGAGGAUGAAGAUCAGCACGAGGUGGACAAGGAACAGGAGAAAGACGAUGCAGUGGAGGAGAGUGAGAAGGCAGCAGAAGACCAGCCGACAGCAAAGGCCGACUCGGCAGAGGAGCUGGACUACGAAGAUGAUGACGAGCAGUACCGCUACGUCUAUGAGGAUGAAGAGGAAGACCGAGACAGCGAUGAGAAAGAUGAGAAGAACGACAAAGCUGCUGCCGAGAUCCAGGACACCGAGAAGUCCCUUCAGGAGGUCAAAGCGGUGUGUUCCCUGGAGGCGGAGACGGGCCCAUGCCGCGCCUCCAUGCCUCGCUGGCACUUCGACAUGCGCCAGAGGAAGUGUGUGCGCUUCAUCUACGGAGGCUGCGCCGGCAACCGCAACAACUUCGACUCCGAGGAGUACUGCAUGGCCGUGUGCAAACGUCUCACAGUGCUCCCAACACCGCAGCCCACGGACGACGUGGACGUCUACUUCGAGACCCCGGCCGACGACAAGGAGCACAGCCGCUUCCAGAAGGCCAAGGAGCAGCUGGAGAUCAGACACCGUAACCGCAUGGAGAGGGUAAGGAAGGAGUGGGAAGAGGCGGAGCGUCAGGCCAAGAACCUGCCCAAAGCUGAGAGACAGAUGCUGAUCCAGCAUUUCCAGGCUAUGGUGGAGUCUCUAGAAGAAGAGGCAGCCAGUGAGAAGCAGCAGCUGGUGGAGACCCACCUGGCACGGGUGGAGGCCAUGCUUAACGACCGUCGCCGCUUCGCCCUGGAGAACUACCUCGCCGCCUUGCAGGCUGACCCACCCAAGCCCCGCCGGAUCCUGCAGGCUUUGAGGCGUUACGUGCGUGCAGAGAACAAGGACCGCCAACACACCAUCCGCCACUACCAGCACGUGCUGUCAGUGGACCCAGAGAAGGCCACGCAGAUGAAGUCCCAGGUGAUGACCCACCUUCGUGUUAUUGAGGAGAGACUGAAUCAGAGCCUGUCUCUGCUGUAUAAGGUGCCCUACAUCGCCGACGAGAUCCAAGAUGAGAUCGAUGAUCUUCUCCUGGAGCAGAAGGCGGAUAUGGACCAGUUCCUGUCCUCUAUCUCUGAGUCUCAGCCUGACGUCACCGUCUCCUCUGAGGAAAUUGUGGAGGUACCAGCGUUUGAGGGCAAACCCUUCCGCCCUUUCCAGGUUUCCUCCCUAGGCUCAGGGCCUGAACCUGAGGGCGAUCUCUCUGAACCCCUGCGAACCUUCAAGAAAGGCUCAGGGAUGAAUAGUGUGGAUGGCUUGAUUGGAGCUGAGGAGAGGAUCAUCAACAGCAAGAACCAAAUUGACGACCAUGUGGUGAUUGAUGAGACAUUGGAUGUUAAAGAAGUGAUUUACAGUGCUGAGAAAGUCAGCGUUUUGAAUGUUGAUCCUCGGUUUAGAGGAGGUGACCAGGAGACACUACACCCCCUGCGGGCGGAGUUUAGUUAUGGGAGCAGUGCUCUGAUUGGCCUGUUGGUUAUUGCAGUCGCCAUAGCAACUGUAAUUGUGAUCAGCCUGGUCCUGCUGAGAAAGAGACAAUAUGGCACCAUUAGCCACGGCAUUGUGGAGGUGGACCCUAUGCUGAGUCCCGAGGAGCGUCACCUGAACAAGAUGCAAAACCAUGGCUAUGAGAACCCCACCUACAAAUACCUGGAACAGCUGCAGAUCUAGCCUGUGCCAUCAGGGGGUGACAGAGGGCUGUGGAAGGGUGAUUGUACUACUGACCAAUAAUAAAACUGCUCUUUAGAUCAUUUCCUGCAUCAGAAGUACAUAUUCUUGUUCAUUAAGAAAUGAAAAAACCCAAUUGUUUAAUACUGCUACUGUUGUAUCAUGGGACUCUGCUUGUGUUCUUUUACAUUCUUCUUUUAAACAGCGAUGUAGUGAAGUUUAUAAACUUGGAAUAUGAUUUUGAACAUUUAAUUGUGAAUUGAUCGUACAUGACGUCAGAACAUGUCAAUAUUUGAUUGUCAUUAUAAUAAACAGUAAUAUUUUUCAGAGCACAAUUCAAAUCAUGAAAAUCUUAAAGGAAUACAAACAAAUCCACAAUCAGAACGAAGACACUUCACUUUCUUUUAGCCAUCGUUGUGUUCCAUGACUGUCUGAUAUACAAACUUGUUUUUCUUUUCAAUCGAUUGCUUGUAUAUGAAGGUUAUUUGUACCAACUUAAAUGUAUAGUGAAUCAAAAUAAGAAAAUAUGAUACCUGAAAUGAUUUACUUUGUUCUUUUAAUAUUACACACAAAUUAUAUAAAUAUAUGAAUAUAAAGUAGAUGUUCUAUUCCUCUUUUUUUUUUUUUUUUUUUUUUUUUUCUUUCUUUUUUUUUUUUUUUUUUCUCUUCAGAGCUUAAAUGCUGGCUGGGAUAAGAGUUUUAAGUGAUGAGGCUUGUGGACGAGUCUGAUGGGUCCAUUUGUGUGGUGCUGUCAAGUUUGUGGGACGGGGCCUGUAUCUGCUCAUGUACUGGGCUCAUGCUUGUGGCACGGGGCACGCAUCUGUUCACAUUAGUCAGGACCCCUGAGGAUGUUUUUGGUGAAGUGUAACAGGAUUUUGCUGGCCACCAUGAUAAUGCCACAUAUUAGGCUGUUUAAAUGGUGCCUGUUGUUUAGAGCUGGUACUUGGGUGGACUGAAGCAAUGAAGAACAGAUGCAGGGGCCUCUACUCUGACAUAUCUAAUAAAAGCCCUCGAACCCCUUCAUGUGAACCCCCCCCCCCCCCAAACAUACAUACAUACAUACAUACAUACAUACAUACACACACACACACCCCACGAUAGUAGUUUGGACCCAGUAAAACUUGGUGCUAAUUAAUUUAGCAUUCAGGCUAACUGUUCCAGAUCCAGGCUGCAGGUUGGGCCCAGAUUGGCAUCAGCACUGAGAGCGAUAUUUUGCAGAACAAAUCGGGUAGUUGCUUAAACCAACCAGGAUUUUGUGAGGUCAGUUGUUUGCAGUGUGUGCAACGUAAGCAGUAUCAGACUGACGGCCCAGAGGCUGUGCAAGGAGUGAUUGGUACAUCGAAAGCUAAACUGGUUUAUCUCUCUUGUCACAAACAAAUUGAACAUAAAAUCAUCUGGGUUGUUUUCUCUCUUAGUAAUCUUUGUAUGCCUGUAUAAUUGAUGUUGCAAUCAUGGCUUUUAAAGAGAACAACCUGUGGUGUGCAUUGUUAUAUCCAAUAUGAUGAUACAUGAAAUAUUUUUCAGUUUGUUCUUUUUUUUAAAAGUUCUUUCCUCUUCCUGUGACAGUAUUUCUGUAUGUGACUCACUCUCUAUGCACUCAAAUGGCUUUGAUCCUGAACCCUGCAACUGCCUGCUGGACUGAUUGGAAGGGGAGGGGACACUAAUAUAAGAUGCAUAUAUUAGUAGCAAAACAUGAUAGACUUCCGUUGAUAUGGCUUUGUGGUUUCAAACGGAAAACAUCAAUAAACUCACUACUUCCACA